GCUUCGUUUCCCGCGGUUGUUUUGACAGCUGGAAUCUGUAUCAGGACGGAAACGUGAAAUUCUAUUAAUAAUACAAAAAAACGGAGCGAGAGCCGGGGAACGGCGGGAGGCGCGGCGGAGCCUGCGAGACCCGGUCAUGGAGCGCUACGACGCGGUGAAAUGUCUCCUUAAGAAGUGGGAGAACGAGUUUUUAAAACAGCAUGAAAGGAAGCCGAACAGGGUAGAUGUGGAGAACGCGCCAGAAGAGACCCGGGCCCUAUAUAAGGAGUACCGAGCUUUGAAACGGGACCUGCCGAGCGAGAACAAUGGACCGACCGGGGACACGUCUGACGUUCCGGCCAAGAGCCCCAAAAGUGACAAGGGGCACCAGGUUUCCAGCUCUUGGGGCGAGCAUCUGAAUCGCGCUAACGAGACCCCUGCGAACGCGCCCAAGAUGUCCUCGAAGGAGCGAGAGUCUCUGAAGGCCUCGGCACAAUACUUUGGGAUGAAACUAAAAGCCAAUUUCGGAUCAGCUGUGAAGGAGCGCCCCACGUCUCUGAGAAAGGCCGUUACCCGAUGUGCGUCACCUGCUCCGGACCGUCGGCAGAGCGCUACGCUAAAUGUAGGAGAUUCGGGGUCUCCGGCGCCUGCUGUCAAAUCCGCUGAUCCAGCGAGCGAGUGCGAUGGAAGCGACCUUCUGCUUCCGCAGAGGAUGCCUCCGAUCAAAACCAGUUUAACUCCUCAGCGCAGCAAGAAACUCCACCAGCUGCAGACUAUGGUUGGACAGCGUAUGACCUCUCUGAACCCAGACUGGCUGGAAAGGUGUGAACUGCUAAAGGAAGGGGGUAGUUUAGCCGAAGGAGGUCGAUGUCGGAUAACAGGAGGCACAGCCAGCAAUGUCACCAAGAAGUUUCAUGCGCAGGGGUGGGAGUGCGGAUCUCUCGGCGCAGACUCGCCUUCCUCGAAUGCCCAAAGAGAGCAGAGUGACUCGCUUAUGGAGCCGAAAGAACUGCCUCCUUGUACAGAGGAGCCUUCUCCCUCUCCAUGCCUGGACCAGAAAGACACGGCUGCAGCGGAGCUAACGAGCUGUAGGGAAACCGAGGGCAGACCGCACUCCCAAGCCGGUAGCCUGCUGCCCUACAAAGAUUCAGCCGCUGAUGAGAGGGUAAACCGAGACUUCGAAGCGACGGACAGGACAGUAGAUGAAACGGCUGUGUCCUUGAGCAGAAAUCGGCAUGGUGGACGAACAGCCUGCAGUGGCCGCAUCCAACGAGCUGACGGUAAAAGUCAGGAGGCGGAGGAGACGCUCUCGGGACGAGGCCGAGGUAACAGACAGAAAGCGCAGGCGAUGGACAACUUAUCCUCAGGGGCAUGUAAGGUCACCUGCAAUGAGACCGAUGGGACGGAAACGAGCCGUAGGGUUAACAGAAAGCGAAAGACCCCGGCUGAUCCCCCCCAGGGCUUAAGCCCAGAAAACUGUAAGAAGAGACGCAAGACAAAGCCCAAAAAUAAGUUAAAGUCAGAAUGCACAAGUGAAACGCCAGAAGCCGGUGGAACGGAGCAGAACCAAGAGACCCCGCUGGAGAGACCACUCAAACAGAAUCUAAUGGCCAGGGCCACUGAAAACCUCCUGGGAGAUGUGGAUGAAGAGGCUGCGCCCAGGAUGGUGGCGCGCUCCGAGAGGAACGCCAGCAGAGCUCCUCAAAGGAAGACGGAGAACUUUGUCCGAAUCAAUCUAAAGAAGAAAACCUAUGUUAAAGGCUAUGUGCUGAAUGGGACGAGACUGAGGAAACAGAUGUGGAAGCAGAAGUGGCAGAAGAAAGGAGAGCAGUUCGGAGGAGGAGGAAAGCAUUUUAACCGCGGCGAGGACACUUGUUUCCGAUGCGGGAGAACAGGGCACUGGGCGUCACAAUGUCCUGGCGCAGUUCCGGUGCAGCCGCUGAAGGAGUCGGAUCCCGAAGAAGAUGAAGUGGAGUUACCUACGUUGGAGGAGGUGGCCAGGAAGACAAACACUCAGUACCGGCCUGAUGCGGUAUCGGCUCCUACACGGGAUCUGAGCGACUGCAGCCCGGGGGCCGUUGCCCCUCUGGAUGUGGUGAGACCGCAGUAUGAGCCCCCCAAACCUCCUCCACCAAUGCAGCCUCUGUAUGAACUGGAACCAGGGGGCCGAAUACAGGAGGCACCCGCGGAGGUGUAUGAGGCACUUUCUGAGUUAGGAUAUCAAAGCUUCCGUCCUGGACAGGAAGAGGCUGUUAUGAGGAUUCUGUCAGGACUUUCUUCGCUGGUCAUUCUGUCUACAGGGAUGGGGAAGUCUCUGUGUUACCAGCUGCCAGCGUAUAUUUAUGCCAAGAGGUCUCCUUGCAUCACCCUGGUGAUCUCUCCGCUCGUUUCGCUCAUGGAUGAUCAGGUGUCUGGUCUUCCUUCGAAGCUGAAGGCCGUGUGCAUCCAUUCAAACAUGACCAAGAUUCAGCGCGAAGCAGCGAUGGCGAAGGUAAAGGAGGGUAAGGUGCAUGUCCUUCUGCUCUCCCCCGAGGCUUUGGUUGGAGGGGGAUAUUCUGGCUCCAGCUGUUUGCCCCCGGCUGACCAGCUGCCCCCAGUGGCGUUUGCCUGUAUAGACGAAGCUCAUUGUGUGUCGGAGUGGUCUCACAACUUUCGCCCGUGUUACCUGCGCCUCUGCAAGGUCCUUCGUGAGCGUCUUGGUGUGCGAUGCCUUCUGGGCCUCACCGCCACCGCAACCAUGGCUACAGCCCAAGAUGUGGCCCACCACCUAGGGGUGACAGAGGACGGGGGGAUUCCUGUGAGACUGGCUGGUGUACCCCCUAAUCUGCACCUUUCUGCAUCGAUGGACCGAGACAAAGACCAGGCACUCGUCACGCUGUUAAAAGGAGAGCGAUUCGGGUGUUUGGAUUCCGUCAUCGUUUACUGCACCCGCAGAGAGGAGACCACGCGCAUUUCUGCCCUGCUGAGAACGUGUCUCCAGGGGGUAACCGUGAACAAGAGUCAGAGCGAGGCGGCUGGGGAGGAAGAGGACCCCGCGGCGCGCAGAAAGAAAGCUCAAGCCCGGAAGAAGCUGCGAAAGCCCCUGAAGUGGGUGGCCGACGCGUACCACGCGGGCAUGUCUGCUGCCGAGCGCCGGAGGGUGCAGAAUAACUUCAUGAGUGGCCAGCUGCGUCUGGUGGUGGCCACCGUGGCGUUCGGGAUGGGACUGGACAAGUCCGACGUCAGAGGCGUCAUCCACUACAACAUGCCCAAGAACUUUGAAAGCUACGUGCAGGAAAUCGGCCGCUCGGGACGAGACGGGAAGGACGCUCAGUGCCACCUCUUCCUGGACCCGGAGGCGCAGGACCUGGACGAGCUCCGCAGACACGUCUACGCCGACUCCAUGGAUUACUUCACGCUCAAAAGACUCGUCCAGAGGGUCUUUCCGAAGUGUAAGUGCCGGGAUAUACACAGAAAGCAGGAGGCACUGAAGAGGGCAUGUGAGGUGGACGAUAGUGAGAUGAUGGAUAUAAUGGAAGCGUGCGAGGAGCCGGCCGGACCGUGUGCCAAGGAACAGACGGUGCGUGUGUGCCACAUGCAUGAAAGGGCUUUUCCCAUAGAGGAGUCCGUGCAGGCGCUGGAUGUCCGGGAGGAGGGUCUUGAAACUCUGCUGUGCUACCUGGAGCUGCAUGCGAACCACUGGCUGGAGCUGCUUCAUCCCACCCUGUCCGUCUGCCGUGUCACCUGCUACGGUGGCCCCAGGCAACUGCAAGCCGUGGCUAAGAGCUGUCCUCCUGUGGCUGUGGCCCUUGCCAGGGAACGCCUGUCUGGUGUGGAUCACACUCAUGUGAGUUCCGUGGAGUUUAACGUGGUGGAACUUGCAGAUACCAUGGGCUGGGAGAUUAUUCCGGUAAAGCGAGCGCUUCGUGACCUGCAGUGGACGCAAAAGAAACCGGGAGUUUUUAGUGGCACUGGUAAAAGUGGAGUGCUGGUGGAGUUCAGUAAGCUGUCGUUUCAUUUUCGUUCUUUUGGUGAUCUCGCGGACCGAGAACUGGAAGAAAUCUGUGAUUUUCUGCACCAAAAAGUCACUUCCAGAGAGAGGACGGCUCUGCUGCAGCUCACGUCCUGCUACCACGCCUUCCACAGCGUGGCCUACAGGAGCAGCAGUGCGUGCGCAGAGCAGGUGAACACCGAGCGCAGUGGGCAGCUGAAAGCUCUGCUUCUGGAGUACUUUGAGAAAAGAGACCCACUAGUGGUACACGGCGUGGACUCCUCGGAAGAGGAUCUGACCCGUCUAAAGGUUCUGGACUGGGAGGACCAGAUCCGUUCUGAUAUCCGUCAUUUUCUCUCCAUUCACCAAGAUGAACGGUUUUCUGGCCGAGCGAUUGCGCGGAUCUUCCACGGGAUAGGCAGCCCCUGCUACCCGGCCCAGAUCUAUGGAAGGGAUCGGAGGUUCUGGAGGAAAUACAUUCAUUUGGAUUUUAAUGAACUAAUCCGUCUCUCCAAGGAAGAGAUUAUUCGUCUCAGAUGAUGUCAUGGUGAGGUCAGAGACUGUGUGCCCACCGGGAAGUGGAGGCAGAGAGAAGCGGGGAACAUGAAGUGAAUAUCUGAAGCCACAUAUGGUGGAAAGUGGUCUCUGCCUAAAGCCUGUAACAUAAAUGUGAAAAAAAAGAUAUUUUAUUUUUGUUACGUGAAAUAAACUUGAGAAAUCUU